AUGCCAAUCACCACCCUCACCUCCACUCUACGAAUCCCAUUCCCACACCCUACCACACCCCCAAGCCGCCUAUUCCAGCCAUUCGGGCGCGAGAUAUUCAGCACGAACGAGUCCGUGAAACGGAUUGCGGCAGCUGAGGGCCACGGGAAAGGCGGUGAUGGCGGUUUGUUCUUAUCCGAGUCGGCGUGGGAAAGAAGGGCCUGUUGUUGGACCGCAUGUUGCACCGCAGAGACAGUUGACGCAGGUGCCGGAUGA